AAGGAGUAUGCGGAAGUAUAUAAUAUUCAGCGUCAUUAUUGAUUGAUAAACGAGUUCGGGGUAAUCGGUGUAGUUUGAAGACAAGGAGUCUCCUGUACUCUCGUGAUGCAACAAGCUCGUGGAAGCCUGGUGGAAACGUAAUUUUAUACCUUGCAGCAAAUGUUCAAGACAGUAAUCGUGGUAACUUUCAUGAUACUUGCCGCUACCGAUGUUCAGGCUGACAAGAAGAUCGUCUGUUACUUCGGUAGCUGGGCAGUCUAUCGACAGGGCCUGGGCAACAUUAAGGUCUCCGACAUCAACCCCCGUCUAUGUACUCAUAUAAUUUACGCUUUCACCGGGCUCUCGAGUGACAACAAUGUCCGAAUAUUGGAUCCAUGGGCUGACUUGCCAAAUGGUGGCGGCAAGGACGGUUACGGAAAGUUCACCGCCCUUCGUGAAUUGAGUCCGGGUACCAAAGCGCUAAUCGCUAUCGGUGGUUGGAACGAGGGAUCUUCCAAAUACUCGAGAAUGGCCGGUGAUGCAGGUGCACGCAGUCAAUUUGUCCAGAACGUGGUGAAGUUCUUGCAAAAGUACAACUUCGAUGGAUUCGACGUUGACUGGGAAUACCCCAAUCAACGUGGCGGGCAACCUUCCGACAAGGAGAACUUUGUGACCUUGCUGAAAGAACUCAGAAAAGAAUUCGACAAUCACGGUUACAUUCUCAGCGUAGCCGCGGGUGCCGCUGAAGCUUCCGCCUCCAAAUCAUAUCUCAUCUCUCAAGUUUUGCAAUACGUUCAUUUCGUUAAUCUUAUGGCAUACGAUUUUAACGGAUCCUGGAACAACUACGUGGGCAUUAACGCCCCUCUGUACGCCUCCUCCAAAGAAUCUGGAAGCCUGGCUGAGCUCAACGUUAAUGCAGCGGUUCGUUAUUGGUUAUCGCAAGGCGCGCCAGCCGAGAAGCUCAUUCUCGGUAUUCCCUCGUAUGGUAGAUCUUUCACAUUAGCGAAUGCCGCUAACAAUGGAUUAGGCGCCUCAGCCAUUGGUCCUGGGACUAUUGGACGUUACACCGGAGAGCCUGGCACAUUGGGUUACAAUGAAAUUUGCGAGAAUCUGAACCAGGGUGGCUGGACCGUUGUCCGCGAACCAAAACAACUUGUGCCAUAUGCUUUCAAAGGCAACCAAUGGGUUGGAUACGAUGAUCCCACAUCCGUCCAAGAGAAGGCCAAGUAUAUUAACUCUAUGGGUCUUGGCGGUGCUAUGGUGUGGAGCGUCGAAACCGACGAUUUCCGUGGUACCUGUGGCGAAAAGUAUCCUCUUCUGACAGCCUUGAAUAGGGUUUUGAGAAGCGGCGUACCAAUUCCUGAUCCCAAUCCUGUAGAGCCUACGCAAUCACCUUCGGAACCAACGUCAGGUCCCACGGAGCCAGCUCCACCAUCAGAGUCCGUCUGCACACACGAAGGAUUCGUACGCGAUCCGAAAGAUUGCGGAACGUUCUAUCAAUGCCAGAAAGUGAACGAUAGAUACAAGGUUUUCACGUUCCACUGUCCCGACGAACUUGCUUUCGAUGAAUCGCAGAACGUCUGCAACUACAAGAGCGAGGUUCCGGGCUGCUGAGUUGUCGCACACAACCCGAAUUAUUUACAAUUACUGUACAUAUUAUUAUUCUAAUUGUACAUUGCAAUAAAAGACCAUUAUGUUUUCUCUAAU